AUGAUUCGCUCCAAGGCAGCUGGGAGACUCUGUGCCUCUUGUUCAAAUCAGCUGCUACAUCUGUACACCUACGGACUCACAGCACCUCCCGUUAUUGCUCGUCAUGGACCACGUCGCUGGGCAAAACAGGCUCUGCCACAACUACCAUACCAAGGAUCGCGACGAUUCACGCAGCGAACGCAGAUUCGCGACGCUGCUGAUGUCGCCAAUUCCAGUGUACAGCAAAACGCCGUUAAAGAGGCGAAAACACCGGAAGAGAUAGAGGCUAUAGCGCGUCAAGCUCGCCAGAUGUUUGGAGAGACCCUUCCAAAAAAUUUCUUGUCAACACAAGAAUACAAUUUAUAUGAACGUUUAUAUGGUCCACCUGUGGCCGCAACUAGCUAUGCAGAGUUAAAGGCUCUGUCACCGGAUAUGGAUGAAGACGCUGAGACAUUAGAUGAGUCGGUCCAAAGUGUGUCCCAGAUACAGCUGGCCGACGGUAAUUGGGAGGACAUUGUCUCUAGCGAAGAAAGCAGACUGAGAGAAGAAGAAGAAGAAGAAGAAGAAGAUCUUGAGGAGGAUGAUUUGAAGAUCGAAACCGAAGAUGCUACGGAAGUUGUAGAGGAAAAUCAUGACGAAAUUGAUGGUACGCAUCCGGAAGAGGAACAAAAAUCUUCAAUUGUUCAAGCACAAGAGGAAUUCAAUGCUCGGGUUGAAACUGCACGAGCGAAUGCCGCAAUAGAAUUCGAAGAGCAGGAAGCCCAAGUAGUGGCAGAAGAGCAGGAGGCCGAGUCAGAGGAAGAAGUGCUAGAUCAUGAGGCUCCUCUGGAAGAUUCAGCAGACGAGCCGCUUAGAUUGGUGAAACAGAAGUCUUUCGAGGAAGAGCAAUAUGAUGAGGUAGAAGCUGCGGGUCGGUCUGGCACAUCGCCUAGCACAAUUCAACUUCCUGUAGACACUCUCGUCAACCCAACGUCAGAUAUACUUGCAAGCGCCUCAAACAAGCAUCUUUCAGAAGUUGCACACAAAGUUUUUGGAGGUGCUGGAUUUCCGAACUCCACUGUUACAAUGAAGAGACCAAACCUCAAACAAGAGCCAAUUGGACUAGAAGCCAAUCAGCACUUCAUGAGUGAGAUGGAGGGCAAUGCCUUCCUGACAGCCAUCAUGCCAGGUGCUUAUGCGUCAAUUUUGAGCAUCUUGGUUGAGGUAAGGAAGCGACUUGGCAGUGAGUGGCUCCAAAAUCUCAUGCGUAGACCAGAAGGUCCGCGUGUGCUGGAUGCUGGUGCAGGUGGCGCAGGCGUGCUCGCCUGGCGUGAGGUUCUCAGAGCCGAAUGGGAAAGUGGCUAUCCUGAGGGUACCUCAAAAGAAGAACACCCGCCACAUGGCAAAUCGACCGUCGUGACUGGAUCUGACGUUCUACGGCAUAAAGCGAGUAGGUUGCUUGACAACACCACAUUCAUACCUCGUCUACCAGAUUAUGAUCCAUCACAGCAUCAUCCAUCUUUAGAAUCGAAUAACCCGCAACCCAGAAAGCAAUAUGAUGUCAUCAUAGCGCCAUACACACUAUGGACCUUACGUGAGGAUUACAUGCGCAAAUACCAAAUUCAAAACUUCUGGUCACUCUUGGAUCCCAAAGGAGGCGUUUUGAUUCUUCUGGAGAAGGGGGUAGCCAGAGGAUUUGAGUUGAUUGCAGGUGCUCGAGAAAACUUACUAAGGUACCACAUAUCAUCUCCUGAAUCUGCAGAAAUCGAUGAUUCUGUUCAAGCUACCUCUGAAAAUCAAUUUGGCCCAAGAGACAAAGGCAUGAUCAUUGCUCCAUGCACUAACCACGUCAAGUGCCCAAUGUUUAUCACAGCGGGACGUAGAGGUCGAAAAGACUUUUGUCACUUCUCACAGCGAUUCAUCAGACCCCCAUACCUUCAAACACUGUUUGGCGGCGGAAGUGCAAAUCAUGAAGAUGUCAAUUUCAGCUAUAUCGCUCUUCAACGAGGGGUAGACCAGCGUCAAGAUCUUGAAUUCGAGCAAGGCGGAAAGGCAGCGGAAGCGGCUUUCAAAGGCUAUGGAUUUGAAGAUGAUGAGCAAGAGGAUGUUGAUGAAUCUUCCGACAAAGCCAUUGAGCCUCUGACAUUUCCGAGAAGUAUUCGACCUCCACUAAAGCGACACGGGCAUGUCAUCAUUGAUGUCUGCACUCCCGCGGGUAAGAUUGAGCGAUGGACGGUUCCAAGAUCAUUCAGCAAGCAGGCAUACAGAGAUGCUCGAAAGUCGAAAUGGGGUGAUCUCUGGGGACUCGGCGCAAAAUCUAGGGUGCUGGCCAACAUUCGAGUUGGACGAGACGAAACAAGAACACCAGAUGAAAUGUUUCCCGAAUCAGGCGAUAGGAAGGGCGAGAAGAGUAGGAAGCCUAGUGCAGAUUCGCCACCGAAGGCUCGCUCACGACCAAAUAUAAGGACGAAGAAGCCUUCGAAAAUGAAGCAUAAGAAGUUGGUGGUUGAGGAGUGA